AUUACCAGAUGGUCAAGGAUUUUGUUCUGUCGGUCACAGCUUCUUCUUUGCUGGUGGUACCCUGUUUAUUACUGACCCAAAAUUGUGUUUGAAUUUGGAUGAUCGUUACCCCUCAAGGAUGUGGUGCCUCAAGUAUGAGGGUUCUAAUUGGAGUUGGAAGUUUUGUGGAAGCUUGUUCUACCAGCGAUUUAGACCCUUAGUAGUCCCCUAUGAUGGCAAAUUGUACAUCUUUGGGGAUACUGGAUUGUACAUCUCUAGGGUUACUGGAGAUAGAAGUUGCUGGGUUGAUAUUUACAUCCUAAAAUCAGGUCUAUGGGAAACAAGGGAAGUGCCCGAAAGUGUUCUGGAAUAUUGCAGGGACCCUGACUCUUACUUUCUGUGGGAGGACAGCACCAAGCCUCACAAGAAGACCCACAUUGUAUUGUAUGCUUCUGGUGGUGAUCAUGAACAUCAAGGGCUCAUGUCAUAUGACGUCAAGGCUAACAAUUGGGAAUACCUUAAUUGGAAUUUUCCGCCACCUCUUAGAUCAUAUCCAAGGAAACUUGUUCGUUUGGGAUGCAGUCAUUAUCUUCUGAUUGUUGACUGCGCUCCAAUGUGGCAUAUUUAUGAUUUAUCUAAGAUGAAUGUUGUGGCAAAGGUGGCGGUGCAUGGUUUGGACAAGACCGCAGAAAUAAUGAAUAUUUUUUGUUGCCACAUAACUAGCGAUGAAAGUUUGAUUUAUAUGUUCAUGGAACCUGGAAAUGUUUUCGAGGGAGAGCCAUUUACUAACUAUCAUUACUAUGCUUCUGGGUUUGUUUCUUAUGCCAGAGUCAAGCUCCAACUCAAAACUUUUUCUGCCAAGAUUGAAUCCAAGGGUAAUCUUAACGUUGGUGAUUAUGUAAAACUUUAUAUGUUUGCUGUUGGAGAUGAAGACCAAUAAUUGUAAGAAAUUCUUUGUUUAAGACGUUGAAAUUAAAGAAGAAUAUUUGCACAGUAUCGUAAAAUUGAAAACUCCCAAAUCCUGAAAGAAAAAUUACACCUUGAAUGCCUAUUAUUUUUUAAAAUUUUAACUAAUGUAUUUACUCACCAUAAAAUUGUCAGAAUCUAGCAACAAAUAAAUGUAUAUUCAACAAAAUUAAUGCUAUCCAAUUUUAUU